ACUUUUUCUACAGUGGCACGUAGAGUCGACAUCCCCCUGAUCUUCUUUGGCGACUCUACGGGCAAUCCUGGUGGUGUGUAUUGCACUGUUCCCGGAAGAACUAGCCUACUGAGCAGUACAACCAAGUAUCGCGUAACUGUGGGUGAAAUUCAACGAAGAAUCAGCCCGCCUGAAUGUCUCAACGCAUCACUUCUUGGAGGAAUCCUUCGCAGGGCCAAAUCUAAAGAUGGUGGGAAAACGUUGCGCGAUUCACUGAGAAAGAUUGGAUUAGUUCUCCCUGCUGGGAGACGUAAACAAGCGAAUGUCACAGCAUGGACAGCCCUCGUCGAAGAAGAAGCUGUACACAUGGCAAAGGACUUCGCACUGGUCUGCGAUAAGGAGUUCCAUGCACGCGAAAUCGGCAUUUUCCUUACCAAAACCAGUCUCUCGAUUGAUCAUGAUGUGAUGAGAAGGCGGAUGAUGCUGGAGAGCAGCAAGAAGAUUGUCUCCGAGCUAUGCGAUCUCCUUGCCGCCGAUCGAACUCCACUGACUCCGUUUGUGGCUCCAGCAAGACCUUCUGUCGUUUUAGAUCCUUCCAUCCAGCAGCACCUCAGUCACUAUACCCUGAUGACUCAUGGUUUCGGAGGCGUGGCUAUGGUUGCUGUAUGCGAGUCGAUAAAAUCGAUGAUCGAUGAAAGUAUCAAGUAUUUGGAUCGAACCUGUGCACAACAGAUGUACAUUCCAUACAAUACUCGUUGA